AUGGCUGAGUUCAGUGACGUCACACCUGAGCAGAUGAAAUGCCUCGUAUGGAUAUGUGGACUCGUCGCCCCGCAAGAUGCCGAUGUUCGCGCUCGUGCCCUUCGCAAGAUGGAGGACAACCUUCAAACCACGCUAAAGGAGCUUGCUGCCGAAGUCCAGCACUUUCUCGACAUUCGUCAGGAUGCCACACUCCUCGAACGAUCAAGUGUACCGCACAUCAACGUCGUGGAUUCGCAAAAGAGUCGAAAUCGUGAGCCGCCGUCCUUGUUUUCGUUGUGGAGCCAAUCACUGGUCCAGAGACUGCACAUUCGUAAACAAGAGCCACGACUGCAGACGCUCUGGACACAAGCGAGGAUUCUGCAAAAAUUUCCCGGAGAAGAAGCGGAAAUCUGCCAACACCAUCACUAUAGCUUCGACUCGUGCUGA